UGGCGAUGACGACCUGACGGUGCUUCGCUCAUACACAUCAAGGCUUCACAGCAUCUAGAAAACGACUCAACUACUGUACCUUUCUACCACAUAAAUCGCAACUGUCUGAGCAGCAAAUAUGUCGUUUGAUCAGCUAUCAUCGCUGGAGUCGCAGCCAACAACCAUGCGCUCCGGUGAUGCCUAUACCGACGAUCCCGAGUUCUCCAAGUUGUCGCAGGACCUGAUGAACAAGCUCUUCACACUCACCGGCAACAUCUCUCGACUUUCGAAUCAAGUUGCCUUACUAGGCACAAAGAGGGACACCGAACGAGUACGGGAACGAGUACACGAUCUAUUGGAGGAGACUACGGAAGACUUCAAGAACAUUGGAGAGGGUGUCAAGAGGAUUCAGUCCUGGGAGGACGUCAGCCCGUCGCAAAAAUACACCCAACAGAAGCUCUCCCGCGAGUUCCAAGCCACCCUCACCGAGUUCCAAAACGUCCAGCGCCGAGCCCUCGAGAAGGAACGUACAACAGCCGCCGCAGCACGCGCAGCACUCGAGGAAGCAACCUCCCCGUCCGCCGAAGGAGGUAGCCCUAGCUUUGGACAGCAGCAACAGCAAUCUCAGGAGCAGCUACGGCUCGCAUCGCAGGAUGAAGUUGACUUCCAGGAUUCGCUGAUCGUGGAGCGUGAGGCGGAGAUCAGGAAUAUCGAGCAGGGUGUAAGCGAACUGAAUGAACUCUUCAGAGAUGUGGCACAUAUUGUCGGCGAGCAGGGCGAGCAACUUGAUACGAUUGCUGCCAAUGUGGAGAAUACGAGGAGCGAUACAAGAGGGGCUGAUUUAGAGCUCAGGAGCGCAGCGAGGUAUCAGAAGAACGCACGGUCGAAGAUGUGCAUGCUUCUGUUGAUUUUAGCAGUUAUUCUCACCAUCAUUCUGCUGGCAGCGUUUGUAGGUUAGAGUGCGAAGAUGAUAUCCCGGGGGUCAGUUUGUUUCGAUACGAUGGCGCAUGGGAGUUAAGCAUGCGUUUGAAUGGGAGGAUUAUUGUAUAUAUUUGAUGUUGUGAUGGGAGUCUAAUUCCUAUAUGCUGGUCUUCGUGCUAUUGGGAGGUUGAUAUUCCUCGAUAGCUCUUAAUCAACAAACCUCUUUUACUCCUCU